CGAAAUCUACAUGACAUUUAUAUGGGCAAUCGCUUAUCUGCUGCACACCAUGAUCUACCAAUGUCAACGUCUUGGAAUGACCGUAAUUUGGGCCUAUGUGGUGGCUAUAAGUAUUGAAGGAUUGCGCAUCUAUUGUGGCUUUGUGCUGAAUCUCUAUCCCAGUGUACCGCAUGCCAAGUGGUUGUUCAUUGCGGUGGUGGCAUUAUGUCUCCCACUGUUGGCUGUAUUGUGGUAUCUGCGAGUGGCACUGGAAUUUGAAAGGAACUGGAUAGCGAUCAUUUGGAAUAUGUUUGUGAUCUUCAUUGGACUGGAGAUACCUGUUGUGUGUAUGUUCUGGCCGAAAUCGCAGCACAAAUCACGGGACUGGCCAAAUAUUGAGUCACUGCUGGCAGAACAACAUCAUUAUCGACGUCGACGUUGAUUACAAUCAAUAAAUAUAAGCAUAAUUAAU